UGGUUCCACGCUAAAAACGUUGUAGAGAUAGGAAAAAAAAAAUUGAAGGGUUUUCCUUAACUCUUCUUUUUCUUUUGUCUUUUUUGAAAGAAAAAAAAUCCAAUCUUUCAUUCUCAUUCUAUCAUGAUUUUUGCGUGCAAUUGUUUCCACCUUCCGUAGGUUCUUCUAUUUCCUCCCCUGCUUCAGCGGUUAUGCCUCGUUAAUUCUUCCGAUCUUAUUUCACAUUUCAUUUCCCCAUUUUUCUCGCAUUUCCUUCAAUUAGGGUUUCUUUUUUCUUAGCUGUUGCAAUUGAUUUUCAUUUUACUCACCUGGUUCGGUUUUCACAUUUGUUUAAACUUGUUACACCUCUGUCACGAUUGAUGUGGUCCAGACUUGAUGCUUUGAUCCCAUCAUUAAUGACCACAGUGAAGUUCAAAUGAUGCUUGUUUCCUGGCCAUUUCUAUAGUUUUGUGACGUGAUUGAGAAUGUGGAACUUUGCAUCUAGUUUAAUUGCUGGAAGUGUGGGUCUGAAAAAUGAUUCUCCAAAACCAACUCACUCUGCUUCAGAAUUUUCUGAUGACGAGACUUCCAUGGUUAGCAGAGAGGAAAGGCUAGAAUGCCCAAUAUGCUGGGAAUCCUUUAACAUUGUUGAAAAUGUGCCUUAUGUCUUAUGGUGUGGUCACACCCUUUGUAAAAAUUGCAUCCUUGGAUUACAAUGGGCCGUGGUGAAUUUCCCAACACUGCCAAUUCGGCUUCCGCUUUUUAUCUCCUGCCCGUGGUGCAACCUUUUGUCUCUCCGUUUAGUUUACCAGGGAAAUCUGAAAUUCCCUCACAAGAACUACUUUCUUCUAUGGAUGGUUGAGAACAUGAACGGUGAUAGAGUGAAGUCACAUUCUACUGUUUGCGGGGAUCAUCAACCAGUGUGGCCAAUUAUAGACAGUUUAACCAACGGAAGCCAAGUAAGCCAUGACAGCCUUCAGGGAGGGCAAGUUUGCCAUCCAGAGUCUUCAAGUUCCAAUCAUUAUCAUGGUGAUACCAGUAAUUACUUAAGUAUAGAAACACUGCAUGCAUCUCUGCGGAAGUCAUUGGUUUUAUUUGUUCACUUGACAGCAAAGUUCCCAUUGAUCAUUAUAUUUCUUUUGAUUGUCUUAUAUGCCAUACCAGUCAUUGCAGCCAUUUUGGCUCUGUAUAUACUUGUUACCAUUCUGUUUGCUCUCCCAUCAUUUCUCAUCUUGUACUUUGCAUAUCCUAGUUUGGAUUGGCUUGUCAGGGAAAUUAUCACUUGAGAUCAAAGCUGUAUUUCUUCUGCUUUGCAAGCAUUAUGAAUGUAACUUUGCCUCACCUUGUGGCCCCUUCAUCCAGUGUCUUCUACUUCGUAAUUGGUCAACAUCUCCAUUUGCAGCUGUAUCUUUUAUCUUAUCAUAUAUAGCCCCAGUCAAUCUCAGUACACUUCUUGAAUCUUGAGCUCUGGUUGAGCUUGGCUGGGUGGGAGGAGGGAUAUCAGUUUUUGGCAUAAUCUAUUUUGAAGACCAUCAAGGCCGUGGAGUGAACAAGGUAAUGAAUAAUGAUUUUGCCCUUUCCUGGUGGCAAAUGGUUGUUUUAUCAAUAUAUGAACUUCAGAAGAACACCCUGAUGUAGUUAUCAAGUGGGUCAAUAUCAGAAAAGCUUUUUUUUUUCAUGGGCACAUUUGGAUGCUCCUGUUAAUACUGCCUACAGUAUUUUUGCUAAUUGUAAUUUGUAAUUAUAAUUAGUAGAGCUAUUUUCCUGGCCAUAUGUGCAAGCACUGUACUCUUUAUUUGAUUUUAGUGAUCUUCUCGUGGUUGGCUACUGGGAAAGGUAUCGUAUAAGUAUUCACUUGAGAUUUGAAAUGUAUCAUAUAAGUAAAAGUUAUUUUCUUGCACUCCAGAUGGAAAUGUAUCUAUUAACAUGUGAGGUUAGAAUUCAA